AUGACGUCCACGCCGCCGCUUGACCAUGACGCCUCCGCGUCGCCCUCCACCGAGUUCGUGCCUGCCCCAGCGACCGUCGAAGCCGCACCCAUGGCCACCAAGGUGUUCCCCUCCUGGGACGCCUUCGCCGCGUACGUGGCCGCGUACCAGCGCCAGACCUUCCAGGUGUUCCGCAGCAAGACGUCGACGUCCGUGGCCACGCGCAACCAGCGCAUCGCCGCGCUCAACGCCAAGAAAUAUGGCCCAAACUCCGACAUUCCGGACGACCGGACCAUGCCGGCCGAGCUCGGAGUCUACGCCAAGCAGUUGGUGUGCACCCACGAGGGCAAACCUCGCAGCCGCGGGAAGGGCGUCCGGCGCCAAAGCCUUCGUGCGACAGACUGUCCAGCCACGAUCAACGCCCUGGCCAAGAGGAGGCACGGCGGUGACAGCACCCAAGUCAGUGGGUGGCAGGUGGUGGUGACGAGGCAUGUCCCGUUCCACAACCACCCGCUC